AUGGUGAUUAAUGAUUACACGUUCUCCUUGUUAGAAGAGGCCUUUGCUGUGUCGAGGCUGGUGAGUACAAUGGCGAAUAAUACAGCGCAAGCACUAGCAAACAUCCAAUUGGCACAGGGAGCUUUCCACACUUUGUCUCUACUCAUGAUGACAGAAUACUUGUUCCCGAAACAGGCUGAAUUAAAAGAUGGUGAUGAAUUCGAUUUCAUAAUAGCUGGUGGUGGAACAGCUGGAUGUGUACUGGCAAACAGACUGGUGAUGGCGAAUCACCGAGUGCUGAUGUUGGAAGCUGGAGACGUUCAAACUUAUGACUCACUUUUACCAGGAACUAUAGUGUAUCUACCAAAAACCAAUAAAGCUUGGAAUUAUUUAGCUCAACCAGAUGGGUAUACUGAUAGAUGUCACAAAGAACGCUCCAUGUUUGUACCCCUUGGAAAGAUGCUUGGAGGAACCAGUUCUGUUAACUUUAUGAUCGCUUUAAGAGGAAUCAAACACGACUACGAUAUGUGGGCCACAGCAGCCAAGGAUUCUUCUUGGCAAUACAAACAUUUAUUCAAAUAUUUGAAGAGAAGUGUAAGGCACGUCGGCUCUAUAAGUAUGUAUCCCCAGAACAAUGAUAUGGAACUAGCUGAAGGCCCAUAUAUGGGUAAAGAAAGAAAUAUAGGGAUAUCACAAGACAACAGUACUGUUCUGGUCGAUUACAUACAGUCUUUUAAAGAAAUGGGUAAUAAAAUAGUUAAAUUUCCUGGUGGCGAACAUGCUAAGGGGUACUCUCGAGGUUUGCUUACCAUAGCAAAGGGUUACAGACAAAGCACAGCGUUUACUUACUUAUCGCCAGUAAAAGAUAAUUCCAAUCUCUUUGUGUCAAGACGAACCAUUGUCAACAAAAUAGUUUUCGAUGAACAAAAGAAUGCUAUUGGUGUAAGAGUAUCGAUUGAUGGUGGAAAGGAAAUAUUUUUAAAAGCCAAAAAAGAAGUAAUUGUUUCAGCUGGAGCCAUAAAGUCUCCCCAGUUACUUAUGCUUUCAGGAAUAGGUCCAAAAAAGCAUUUGAAAGAAAAAAACAUAACUGUUGUCUCUGAUUUACCAGUUGGUGAAAAUUUCCAAGAUCAACAAGCAGUAACGGUGAUGCAUGCGGCAAGGAAGAUCAAAUAUCCUGGAGCAUUCAAUUACCACCUUUACCCAGCAUCACUUGUAGUAGGAUAUAGAUCAUUAAAAUCUUGUUCUGAAACCCCCGAUUACGCCACUUUUAGCUUUAUACAAGAAAGACUAGAGUUCUUACUUCAAUAUUGUGGGCUUCCUUUUGAUUUUCAGAAUGAAAUCUGUAACAGAUCUUAUCGGAAAGUUUCCGGAAGGCAACUCUCUUAUACACAAAUUAUUAACAUGUACCCGAAAUCACGAGGUAAAGUGACUUUAAAUACUACAAACGCUGCUGAUGCUCCGACUGUUGAAACUGGAUAUUAUACUGAAGAAGAAGACAUGCAUAAUAUGGUUAAAUAUUUAAAAGAUUUCCUUCCCCUGGUGAACACGACUUACUUUAAGAAAGUGAACGGUAGUAUGAUAGACCCAGUUGGAGACAAGUGCAGUGCUCAUAAAUAUGGUUCAGAUGACUACUGGAAGUGUUAUGUGCACUGCAUGGCUACAAGUAUGUGGAACUUUGGAGGUACCUGCGCAAUGGGAUCUGUAGUAAAUUCCAAGUUGCAGGUCUAUGGAGUCCAUCGGCUGAGGGUUGUGGAUGCGAGUGUAAUGCCAACUGUUGUUGUAGGCGGGAAUUAUAUAGCGACUGUUAUGAUUGCUGAGAAAGCAUCUGACAUGAUCAUUGCUAAACAUCGUAAAGACUAA